GACUGCCUGGGGGCCAUGGAGUGCACACUGGGACAGAUUGUGUCCCAGAGAAAGCUGUCUAAAGCUCUGCUGAAACACAGCAACACCGUGGGCAAGUCCACCAUCAUGGUCACAGCGGAGGAACUGACGGGGAAUGAUGACUACGUGGAGCUGUCAUUCAGUGCCAGGAAACUGGAUGAUAAGGACUUUUUCAGCAAAUCAGAUCCAUUUCUGGAGAUUUACAGAGUGAAUGAUGACACAACACAACAGCUGGUGUACAGGACAGAGACAGUAAUGAACAACCUGAACCCGGUGUGGAAGACGUUCAAAACCUCCCUGAACUGUCUGUGCAGCGGAGAUCAUGACAGGAUACUGAAGUGCUCGGUGUGGGACUGGGACUCGAAUGGCAAACACGACUUUAUUGGCGAGUUUGAAGCCACUUUUAAAGAGAUGCGUGGAGCCACUGACGGCAAGCAGGUGCAGUGGGAGUGCAUAAACCCCAAAUAUAAAAUCAAGAAGAAGAACUACAGGAACUCUGGGAUUGUUAUUCUGAAUCAGUGUAAGAUUAUAAAGAUGCACUCGUUCCUUGACUACAUCAUGGGCGGAUGCCAGAUCCAGUUUACAGUUGCUAUAGAUUUCACAGCGUCUAAUGGAGACCCGCGGAACAGCUGCUCUUUACACUACAUCCACCCGUACCAGCCCAACGAGUACCUGAAAGCGCUGGUGGCUGUUGGAGAGAUCUGCCAGGAUUACGACAGUGAUAAAAUGUUUCCGGCGUUUGGAUUCGGAGCUCGGAUUCCUCCCGACUUUAAGGUGUCACAUGACUUUGCUGUAAACUUUAAUGAGGACAAUCCUGAAUGUGCAGGCAUACAGGGUGUAGUAGAAGCCUAUCAGAACUGCCUCCCGAAGAUCCAGCUGUACGGCCCAACCAACAUCGCCCCCAUCAUCCAGAAAGUGGCGCAAUCUGCCUCCGAGGAACUGCACAUCCGCCAGGCCAUGCAGUACUUUAUCCUUCUGAUCCUGACGGAUGGUGUGAUCACAGACAUGGCUGACACGCGUGACGCCAUCGUUCACGCGUCUCACCUGCCCAUGUCCAUCAUCAUCGUGGGCGUGGGGAACGCAGACUUCACCGACAUGCAGAUUCUGGAUGGAGACGACGGGAUCCUGCGUUCACCCAAAGGAGAACCGGUGCUGAGAGACAUUGUCCAGUUUGUCCCCUUCCGCAACUUCAAACACGCGUCUCCUGCAGCUCUGGCCAAAAGCGUUUUAGCUGAAGUGCCCAAUCAGGUGGUGGAUUACUACAACAGCAAGGGCAUCAACCCCAAGUGCCCCAGCGAGUUCGAGUCUUCCAGGACGUUUAGCCGCUGA